CCCCAAGAGCUUGAAAUUCCGCGUGGUACUAAAUUUGAUGAAUCCUGACGCCAUCGUAUCAAAGUAUACUCUGUGGGCCGUUUACCUGACUGAAAUCAAUCAGAGAUGGGCAUGAGCUGAUCUACUCUUCCUGCCUGCCAGCCAAGUUCUCUCACUCCUCACUCCCUCUGCUUCACUUUCACCUUCGCCACCACCUUUCUACCCCCGAAAUCCUCCCAAUUCACCCUACCAACGCCACCAUCAACAUGAGUUACAGCAACCCAUCUCAACUGUUUCCAUUUCCGCAGUGAUUUCCGCGCUCGAGCAGCAAGAUUCACGCAACCCCAUUCGCACCAACCAUCCUCACUCUCUAAUCUCUCUAUAUAUAUAUAGAGAGAGAGAGUAUACACGUUAAUUUAUCUGUACUGUCGGCUUGCGAAGAUUGGAAUGAGAUGGCGACUGCGAGCGCAAAUGGCGGGGACGUCUGGAGGGCGCAUAUGGCGAUGGCCGUGGUGCAGGUGUUCAAUGGCGGCUACCAUGUUAUAACCAAAGUGGCACUCAACGUCGGCGUUAAUCAGCUUGUCUUCUGUGUUCUCCGAGACCUUCUGGCCCUCUCGAUUCUCGCCCCCGUAGCAUAUGUUCGUGAGAAACGGCUAAGACUGCCACUAAAUAGACGCCUUGUUAUAGCCUUCUUCUUUCUUGGUUUAACAGGUAUUUUCGGGAACCAACUUUUGUUUCUUCUCGGCCUUGGCUACACGAAUCCAACUUAUGCUGCAGCUAUACAGCCUGCUAUUCCAGUCUUUACAUUCAUAUUGGCGGUAAUGAUGGGUACAGAAACUGUGAAUUUACGAAAAACAGAAGGUCAAGCAAAGUUAGGAGGUACUCUUGUUUGUGUUUCUGGUGCCAUUCUAAUGGCUAUGUUCCGUGGUCCAGCUGUAUUUGGAUAUGGGGAAUCAGAUUUUGCACUACCAAAUGAAAUAAGUGCAAAGGGUCAGCCAGAGCCUGCUGGUUGGUUGUUGUCUAGUUUGCUUGAGUUUGGGUUUGAUAAUUGGCACCUCGGUGUUUUAUGCUUGAUCGGGAACUGCAUGUGCAUGGCAACUUAUCUGGCCAUUCAGGCUCCACUUUUAGCUAAAUAUCCUGCAAGUAUAUCAGUGACGGCCUAUUCAUACUUUUUUGGUGCUGUUUUUAUGGUAGUGACUGCAUUUUUUAUGACAAAUGAGUCAACCGACUGGAAUCUCACACAAGCUGAGGCUUUGGCUGUAUGCUAUGCUGGAGUUGUAGCAUCUGCGCUGAACUAUGGACUUUUGACAUGGUCAAAUAAGAUCCUUGGCCCUUCCUUGGUUGCUCUUUAUAAUCCGCUUCAACCUGCUGCAUCAGCUUUCCUGUCAAGAAUUUUCCUCGGAAGUCCAAUUUAUUUGGGAAGUAUUUUGGGAGGAUUUCUCAUUAUAGCUGGGCUUUAUCUGGUCACUUGGGCAUCCCACAGAGAAAAACUGGUGAUCACGGGACUUCCUCACGCUGCUCGGUCAUCAGAACCGCUCAUUAACGGAAUACCCCCUGUUAACAAGCUUUCUUACCAAAUAGGACACCUUUUCUCCGGCUCAUCAACCUCAAUACCCAAGAUCGUGGAUUAACCUGAUACCCCGUUUCUUGGUUACAUUCAUUUAACUUAUUUUCACAUGAAUCUCAGAUAUAUGAAUAAAGUCUCAAUUUUCAGGAUAUAUUUAUCAGUUGAAA